CUUAUUACGGCAGAUGUCUCAUAGCCAUGUCCCAAUAAAGAAUAACCGGGCCGUCAUUUUUUGCGCGUUUGUAUUUUUAAUAUUCGCCGAGUUGCGGUGAUGAUCUGACGUUUGUGCUGUGGUGCAGUGCGUGAGUUUGAAUCUCCCGGAGGACUCGACUGGUUUCGUAUUUCGCGGUCAAGUGUGCCGUGGACGCGGCGUCUGUCACUUGUGCAUCGCGGCGCACCGCCGCCUGCUGCGUUGCAUCGAUGCACCGGCUCUUGAAAAAAAAAAUUUUAAAAAUGGAUUUGGCUGAAAAAAUCGACAAAUAAAAUUUAUAAAUGAGAGCGUCUCGGAUUCUCAGGUGAACAUUUAUUACAAUGGUAGAUACGCAACACUUCUGUUUACGUUGGAACAAUUACCAGAGCAGUAUAACCUCAGCAUUCGAAAACCUCCGUGACGAUGAAGACUUCGUUGAUGUAACUUUGGCUUGCGAUGGAAAAAGUUUAAAGGCUCACCGCGUCGUUCUGUCAGCCUGCAGUCCGUACUUUAGGGAGUUAUUAAAGUCAACACCUUGCAAGCAUCCUGUGAUAGUCCUGCAAGAUGUGGCUUGGACAGACCUGCACGCCUUGGUUGAAUUCAUAUACCAUGGGGAAGUUAACGUGCAUCAGCGUUCUCUAUCAUCAUUCCUCAAAACAGCAGAAGUCCUUCGAGUCAGCGGUCUCACCCAGCAACAGCACGGUGACGAUCGAGAGCAGUUGGCACAAGUACAAAGUUUGGUACGGUCACAGCAACAGCCUACGCCAAUACCUAACCACCAUCCGGCAUUUACCGAAAAGUUAGUAGAAGAUGCGCUCUUUACCUCCCCGUCAUCACCUCCGCAUGGUGCUACAGUAAAUCAACUUUUACGUCGCGCUGCCUUGCAGCAUCGCCGCGAACGACGCAUAUCAUCCGAUCCGGAAAACGAACUAAAACGGGCAAGAUCAGACCUUAUACUCGGUAAUAAUAAUAACAACAAUAACAAUAAUAACGAACUGCACCUCUCACAUUCGGCACCCCCACAAACUCAACCGGCAGAUUUUUCACCUAGUGCAAUGAAAAAUAGUAUACUCAAUUUAAAUACAAAUAUCACAUCAAAUUCGCUUCUUAACUCGACGCAUAAAAACGAUAGUGAAGGAAACGGGAUUAGUAGUACGGACAGGGAGCACUCGCCGUGCUCCCCGUCGCCAACGCACAACAAUCGUAUGAAUAAUAACGACGAAGUCAAAGCCGAACCCAUGGAACUUUUAUGUAGUACAAAUCAGGAUCAGGACAAUAGUAACGAUUCAGUGGACGCACCUAACGAUAACGGGCCUAGCAGCAACAUGCCACAGGGACCUCUCUCGGGAAGUUCGGGCGGGGACCACGACGACCACGACAGCCCAAUAGGACCCUAUCUCACACCCUCCGAAAGUAAACUUUUCGCGACGGCGGCCGGUAGCUUUAAUUUUAGUAUGGCGGCGUUAGCGGCGGACCCAUCGGCUCUUGGAGUUUUUUUGCUCCCAGGUCUAAAUCAAUCACUUCAGCCAAACGCGGACAGUUUAGCCGGCACUUCGCAAGGCGCCGUCGUGCGGAUGCCCCCGCCUACAUCGGGAGGCAUCAACGAGCCACAGGAGUGCCCUUACUGCCGUCGAACCUUCAGCUGCUACUAUUCGCUCAAACGACACUUCCAAGAUAAGCACGAGCAAUCGGAUACGCUGUACGUGUGCGAGUUCUGCCAUCGACGUUACCGCACCAAGAACUCGCUGACCACGCACAAGAGUCUGCAGCACCGCGGAUCCAGCGGUAUGCUCAAACGACUGCUCAAGACAUCGGCCAUCAAGAGCGUGCUGGGGCCGCAGCCCCCGCCACCACCGCAACCGCCACGUCUGCUCUGACCGCCGUCGCCGCCAUGCUCUCGCCCGCCGGCCUAAUGCUCAGCCUACUACUUCAUUCAGGUCUCAGUGCUCCAACCACAAGUACAAAAGCUCAGAGUAUAUUCUAUAUUAAGAGAGAUGAUAAUGUAAUUUUUAAUCUUUACACAUAGGUUAUCUCAUGUCGAAAUUAUACAUAUACAAAACGAGAAAAAAAUAGUUAGUCAGUGGUGUACAAUCGAAGCAGUGUAACAUAUCUAUCGAUUAAUCAUCCAUAUCAAGUGUGACGUUAAGUCAUAUUUUGUAUACAAAUCUCUUACACAUAAUGAUGCAUCAUGUGAUCUGCCCGAGUUGCGACAUUCCCAUAGUGUUACUGUGAUUUGGUUACUUCCCAUCAUAUCCUUCCUUCGUCUUUAAUCACUCUUCACAGGUUUCUUUUUUUCACUAAACGGACCACCUUCCUCGCGAACAUCUCGUUUUUCGUUCCAGACAAACUUGAAGCUUUUAAUAAUGACAUGUCAAUUACCAUUCCCAAAAAAAAAUUGUUACUGUUACACUGAGCGAGGUGUUCCGUUUCGACCGCAUAUUUUAAUUAUAACUUGAAAGUAGGUAGGAUGCCUACUGGCGGAAAAAUGGGACAAGUACGACGAUGAAAAAAAAAUUAAUGUUCACCUGUACGUUUUUGAAUUACUUAUUUAAAAAAUCUGUGCUAGUGUAGCAGGUUAACUGUGAGUUUCCACAAGUACAUAUCUUUCCAGGGUUCAAUUGUUGUAAAUAAUCAUGUGCCAAUCUCGAUUGCGUUUGUUUUUAUUAUUAUAUUAUUGUAUAAUGGUCGGAGAUUGAUGUUAUCUGUUAUUGAUUACAGACGAAAUGCUUUUACUUUCAGGUAAUGAAACUGUUUAGCAUUGGGAGGGAACGUGGUGCCAAAUUUUCAAAAAAAAAAAACCUGAAAGUUGUAUAUUUUUUCAAUUCGAUUAAUGUUUUUUGACUUCUAGGUGAAAGUGUUUUUCAUAACUUGAAAGUGAAAGUAAAUGUAAAGUGUUUUUUAAAUUAAGAAUUAGAUCUGAAAUAAGGCACGAUAUGUGAUUUUUGGCCCCUAGUAAGUACACACAUAUUGGACUGGUAUCUUUAGUGCUGUGACUUCGAAAAUUAUGUCUGAUUAGAAUUUAAAAUUUAUUUAUUUGAUUUGAUUUAUUUGUGAUAAUAAUCGAACCAAAGACUUUUGUUUAAAAUUAGUAUACCUAAAAUAAAUUUAGUUAGUUUUUAGAAAUUUGAAAAUUCAAAAAAGUAUUUUUUUAACAUCGUGCCAUAAUUUUUGAACGACAUUAAAAUGUCAAUAUCGUUAUGGUCGAUAAUCGUCUGGAUUUGUGUAGGUGUAAGAGUUCAUGAAUGUCGAUGGUCUGUUAAGUAUCUUGCAUAUCUGUUCAUGCCAAUACUUAUUGCGAUAAUAUAAAUUUAAAUUAUAUAUAUUUGAAAUAUAAAAUUAACAGUAUUAAAAUUUGUACCUAAAGGUAGUGGUUUAGAUAUUUUAUAAAAUUAUGAAAUUAUAUACGUUUUAAAGUUUAUCUUUCUAAAAAUUGAUAUUUGGUCUGUAUGUACAAAUCGUAGAUUUUGUUACUGAAAGCGACUACGUUUGGCGUGACAUAGAGUAGUUGAUUGUUUUGUAUAGUUGUAUUAUAUAGACACAGUAGAGCACAUAUAAAGUCAACUUCUGUUAAUAGUCACAGUUUUUUUACCACAGAAUAACCAACUUUCAUUUGCACCCCAAUUUAAAGCACUUCCUAAAAUUCAAUUUUAAGACUUAGAAUUACACCACUGACCCUGUACAUUCAAUGAUUCUGGCGCAUCUUAAAAGAAGUUGACUUUAUGCAAACACAGGUUUAGAAUUCAGUCCACACUGCCUCUGUGCGUUAUCAUAAAAAAAACAUUUGCACUGGUUCAGAUCCCUCAUAUGCAACAAAGAUGCCUUGAUACAGUACAACACAAGCCAUUUUUUUAAACUACAAGUGUCUGCAAAAAAAUUACUGUUAUACCUCAAUACUCAGAAAACCCACAGAUGUACUUAUAUUGUAUUGUAGUAGUUAUUAGAAUUUAAAAAAAAAAACGUGAAACGUUAGGUUUUUAGAUCAAACUUAUUUUUACUAUUAUACGAUAUUCCCUUGUUUUUGUUUAGUUUAUUUUUUGAAAAAUACCGAAGGGCGUAAAAACAACGGAAUAUCGACUAGAACAAUGUAUAUUUUCAAUAAUUAGUUAAUCAACUUUGGUUAUAAGGGCUCAUUUCCAUUGUACAUAGUUCACACGUCGCACUGCUAAGAGCUUGCGGGGAAUUUUCAUUUAACUGCUCCGAGUAUACAAAUGCUUCCAUGUUACUUUUAAGAAUAAUUUUUAUUUAAAUUUUAUUACUUACUACAUUUCAUUUUUGUUAUUUAAACUUACGAAUAUUAUUAAGAUAUGAUUGUUGGUGUAAUAAAAUUAUUAA